UGCCUUCACUUCCUGCCCCCCACCCCGCCCUGCAGGAACACGUUUGACAGCGGGCGGAGACAGAACGCUCCGGAUCAGCUGCAGAACGAGCUGCAGUCCAGGAGGCCGGACAUCACCGAGUACUUCAGCAGCAGGAAGCAGCGGUCCGUCAGUCAGAGCAUCCCUGGUUGGAAGCUCUUCGGUAAGGUCCCCCCCAGGCUGAGCCCCUCCAAACAGCCCCGAGUCAUCCAGCAGGAGUUCGAGGCUCGGCAGGUGGCAGCGCGCUGCUCUCCUACCCACAAUGUUACGGGGCGUCAGAGCAGGAGGACCGUGGAGCCGCUGUCCACGACCGGCCUGAUCCUGGAGGACAGACCGCUGACCCUCCCGGCUAAGUCCUGGGAGGAGGCGCAGAGCCACAGAGACCAGUACGACCUGAUGGUGGCUGCAGCCAGGAGGAGAGGGCUGAAGGAGGCGCAGAAGAGGCAGCAGCUGCAGGAGGAGAAGGUGAGGCAGGAGGAGGAGAUCUGCAGCAACACCCUGACCUGGAACCAGCACAUCCUGCCCCACUGGGAGGCCGAGAGGUCCAGCCGGCGGACCCGGGACCUGUGGUGGGGGGGCUUACCUCCCAGCGUCCGGGGCCGAGUCUGGAACCUCGCCAUCGGGAACGAACUCAACAUCACCGCAGACCUGUAUGAGAUCUUCCUCAGCAGAGCAGGGGAGCGGACCCUCUCUGACGGUGAGACAUCAUCUUUAAUAUUUAAUAUCUCAGUGUCUGACUCACCUGAAGCUCACAUUCCCCCCACAGACCCUCUGGACGUCAUCGCUCGAGACGUCUCCUCCACCCUGCCCUCCCUCUGCCUCUUCCAGAAGGGAGGACCGUACCACGAGCUGCUGCAAAGCAUUCUGGGAGCAUACACCUGUUACAGACCUGACGUGGGAUACGUGCAGGGCAUGUCCUCCAUGGCGGCCGUGCUGCUCCUGAACAUGGAUGAGCUGCAGGUCUUCACCAGCUUCUCCAACCUGAUCAACAGACCCUGCAGGCUGGCGUUCUGCAGGGGGGACCACCCCACGAUGCUCAGAUACUUCGGAGCCUUCCAGGUGAUCUUCCAGGAGUCUCUUCCUCGUCUGUUUCUACACUUCCAGGCCUCAGGUGUGACCCCCGACCUCUACCUCCUGGACUGGAUCCUGUCCCUGUACCUGAAGCCCCUCCCCCUGGAUGUGGCCUGCAGAGUGUGGGACGUCUUCCUGCGGGAUGGGGAGGACUUCCUGUUCAGGACGGCGCUGGGAAUCCUGCGGCUGCAUCAGGACGUCCUGAUGGACCUGGAACUCGUCAGCAUCGCUCAGUUUCUGUCCCGCCUCCCUGAGGAGGAGCUGCUCUCUGAUAGGCUGUUCUCCUGCAUCGCAGCCCUGCCCCUUCUGAGUGGGAACAGGAAGUGGACUCAGGUUCUGUCGUCGGGCCGAGACUCGGAGAGGAGCUGAUUCUGGUGUCUGUGUUGUUACUGUUUUAUUGUUUCUGUUAUAAAACAUUUAAAAUACGAGUCGAUGCUCCGGAGCUGCCAGGAUGAUGAAUACAAUAAUAAAUACACAAAAAGGGAAAUCAUAAAAUAUGAAAUUAACUUCAAACAAAUAUCAUUGAUUUAUCAAAUGAAUGAAAACAUUUUACAGAUUUUAUUUAUUCCUCUGCACAUGUUUUUAAUAAUGAAAAUGUAUUUAUUUAUUAUAAUGGCAGCUUUAAUCCUGCAUACUGGAAAUCAAAAAGGCACAAGAACAGAACAAUAAUAAAAUGUGAAAUACUUUGUAAUUAUCUAAA